CAUGGAAGGAGAAGGAAAGGUCUGCCACAACCUCGGCUAUGCUCACUACUGCCUCGGAAACUACCAGGAGGCCGUGAAGUACUAUGAGCAGGAUCUGGCUCUGGCCAAAGACCUUCAUGACAAACUGAGCCAAGCAAAAGCCUAUUGCAACUUGGGUCUGGCCUUCAAGGCUCUCCUGAACUUCGCCAAAGCCGAGGAGUGUCAGAAGUACCUUCUGUCCCUAGCCCAGUCCCUGGAUAAUUCCCAGGCAAAGUUCCGAGCCCUAGGGAACCUGGGUGAUAUAUUUAUCUGCAAGAAGGAUGUGAACGGUGCGAUCAAGUUCUAUGAGCAACAGCUGGGCCUAUCUCACCACGUGAAAGACCGAAGGCUGGAGGCCAGUGCCUACGCGGCCCUGGGCACCGCGUACCGCAUGGUCCAGAAGUACGACAAGGCCCUGGGUUAUCACACACAGGAGCUGGAGGUUUAUCAGGAACUGAGUGACCUGCCAGGGGAGUGCCGGGCUCACGGGCACCUGGCGGCUGUCUACAUGGCCCUCGGGAAAUACACAAUGGCGUUCAAGUGCUACCAGGAGCAGCUGGAGCUGGGGCGGAAGCUGAAGGAGCCGAGCCUGGAAGCCCAGGUGUACGGCAACAUGGGCAUCACGAAGAUGAACAUGACCGUGAUGGAGGACGCCAUUGGCUACUUCGAGCAGCAGCUGGCCAUGCUACAGCAGCUCAGCGGGAACGAGUCCGUGCUGGACAGGGGUCGGGCCUACGGCAACCUGGGGGACUGCUACGAGGCCCUGGGGGACUACGAGGAAGCCAUCAAGUACUACGAGCAGUACCUGUCUGUCGCCCAGAGUCUGAACCGCAUGCAAGACCAAGCCAAGGCCUACCGGGGUCUAGGAAACGGACACAGGGCAACGGGGAGCUUGCAGCAGGCCCUUGUGUGCUUCGAGAAGAGGCUCGUGGUGGCCCAUGAGCUUGGCGAGGCCUCCAAUAAAGCUCAGGCCUACGGAGAGCUGGGAAGCCUCCACAGCCAACUAGGGAAUUACGAACAGGCCAUCUCCUGCCUCGAACGGCAGCUGAACAUUGCCAGGGACAUGAAGGACCGAGCCUUGGAAAGUGACGCAGCCUGCGGCCUGGGGGGCGUCUACCAGCAGAUGGGAGAGUACGACACAGCCCUGCAGUACCACCAGCUCGAUCUGCAGAUUGCAGAGGAGACGGACAAUCCCACGUGCCAGGGCCGAGCCUACGGGAACCUGGGUCUCACCUACGAGUCCCUGGGCACUUUCGAGAGGGCUGUGGUCUAUCAGGAGCAGCACCUGAGCAUCGCGGCACAGAUGAACGACUUGGUGGCCAAGACCGUGUCCUACAGCAGCCUGGGAAGGACUCACCAUGCCCUGCAGAACUAUUCGCAGGCAGUCAUGUACUUACAGGAAGGUUUAAGGUUAGCUGAGCAACUGGGUCGAAGAGAAGAUGAAGCAAAAAUUCGCCAUGGUCUUGGUCUCUCCCUUUGGGCAAGCGGAAACCUUGAGGAGGCUCAGCACCAGCUUUACAGGGCUUCGGCCUUGUUUGAAACGAUCCGGCACGAGGCCCAGCUGAGCACCGACUACAAGCUCUCUCUGUUCGACCUGCAGACAUCAUCCUACCAGGCCUUGCAGCGGGUGCUCGUCAGCCUAGGCCACCAUGAUGAAGCCCUGGCAGUAGCAGAAAGAGGCCGGACGAGGGCAUUUGCUGACCUGCUGGUGGAAAGACAGACCGGACAACAGGACUCCGACCCCUACUCACCCAUCACCAUCGAUCAGAUCUUAGAGGUGGUUAAUGCCCAGCGGGGACUAGUGCUGUACUACUCCCUGGCCGCAGGCUACCUCUACAGCUGGCUGCUUGCUCCUGGAGCAGGAAUCCUGAAGUUUCACGAACAUUACUUGGGUGAUAAUUCGGUAGAAAGUUCCAGUGAUUUCCAAGCCGGCAGCAGUGCAACAUUGCCCGUAGCAACCAGCUCUACACUGGAGCAGCACAUCGCCAGUGUCCGGGAGGCCCUGGGGGUGGAGUCUUACUACUCCAGGGCCUGUGCCAGCAGUGAGACAGAAAGCGAAGCCGGAGACAUCAUGGAGCAGCAGCUGGAGGAGAUGAAUAAGCAGCUCAACUCUGUAACCGACCCCACAGGCUUCCUGAGGAUGGUACGCCACAACAACCUCCUGCACAGGAGCUGCCAAAGCAUGACAAGCUUGUUCAGUGGUACGGUGUCACCCAGCAAGGAUGGGACCUCCUCUCUGCCCAGGAGGCAGAACUCACUGGCCAAGCCCCCACUCCGCGCCCUGUACGAUCUGCUCAUCGCGCCCAUGGAAGGGGGCUUGAUGCACUCAAGCGGCCCUGUAGGCCGGCACCGGCAGCUGGUCCUGGUUCUGGAGGGAGAGCUCUACCUUGUCCCCUUUGCUCUGCUGAAGGGCAGCGCCUCCAAUGAGUACCUGUAUGAACGCUUUACCCUCAUCGCUGUGCCUGCCGUCCGCUCGCUUGGUCCGCACUCCAAGAGUCACCUGAGGAAGACCCCGCCCACGUAUUCCAGCUCCACCGCCAUGGCAGCUGUCAUAGGCAACCCUAAGCUCCCGUCAGCAGUGAUGGACAGGUGGCUGUGGGGCCCGAUGCCCUCAGCAGAAGAGGAGGCAUACAUGGUGUCAGAGCUUCUGGGCUGCCAGCCCCUUGUGGGUAGUAUGGCCACCAAGGAGAGGGUCACGAGUGCCCUGACCCAGGCUGAGUGUGUCCACUUUGCUACCCACAUCUCUUGGAAGCUAUCAGCCUUAGUCCUCACCCCCAACACGGAGGGCAACCCUGCUAGCAGCAAGAGUUCCUUCGGUCACCCCUACACGAUCCCUGAAUCGCUGCGGGUGCAGGAUGACGCAAGCGACGUAGAAAGCAUCUCAGACUGCCCGCCACUCCGGGAGCUGCUCCUCACCGCGGCCGACCUCCUGGACCUGCGGCUGUCUGUGAAGCUGGUGGUCCUCAGCUCCUCCCAGGAGGCCAACAGCCGAGUCACAGCAGACGGCUUGGUGGCACUGACACGGGCCUUCCUAGCUGCCGGCGUGCAGUGUGUACUUGUGGCUCUGUGGCCGGUGCCGGUCGCAGCUUCCAAGAUGUUCGUUCAUGCCUUCUACUCAUCCUUGCUGAAUGGCCUGAAGGCCAGUGCCUCCCUGGGGGAGGCCAUGAAGGCAGUGCAGAGCAGCAAGGCCUUCUCACAUCCCUCCAACUGGGCAGGUUUCACGCUUAUCGGGAGUGAUGUCAAGCUGAACAGCCCCUCGUCACUCAUCGGCCAGGCGCUCACGGAGAUCCUGCAGCACCCGGAGCGGGCACGGGACGCCCUGCGCGUGCUGCUGCACCUGGUGGAGAAGUCCCUGCAGCGGAUCCAGAAUGGACAGCGGAACGCCAUGUACACCUCUCAGCAGAGCGUCGAGAAUAAAGUGGGUGGCAUCCCUGGAUGGCAGGCUCUCCUCACCGCGGUGGGCUUCCGGCUGGACCCCGCUGCCAGCGGGCUGCCGGCAGCUGUCUUCUUUCCAACCUCAGACCCAGGCGACAGGUUGCAGCAAUGCAGCAGCACUCUCCAGGCCCUGCUGGGUUUGCCCAACCCGGCUCUCCAAGCACUGUGCAAGCUCAUCACAGCCUCGGAGACGGGAGAGCAGCUCAUCAGCCGGCUCCAUCAGGUGCUGGUUCAGCUGCAGGCCUGCGAGAAGGAACAGGACUUCGCCUCAGCUCCCAUUCCGGUCUCCCUCAGUGUCCAGCUGUGGCGGCUCCCAGGAUGUCAUGAGUUCCUGGCAGCUCUUGGGUUUGACCUAUGUGAAGUGGGCCAAGAGGAAGUGAUCCUGAAAACCGGCAAACAGGCUAGUCGACGCACCACCCACUUUGCUCUCCAGUCCCUGCUGUCACUCUUCGAUUCCACUGAGCUCCCCAAGCGCCUCAGCCUGGACAGUUCGUCCUCCCUGGAGUCCCUGGCGUCGGCACAAUCUGUGUCCAAUGCUAUGCCCUUGGGCUACCAGCACCCUCCUUUCUCGCCCACUGGGGCAGACAGCAUCGCCUCCGAUGCCAUCUCUGUGUACAGCCUCAGCUCGAUUGCCUCCUCCAUGAGUUUUGUCUCCAAGCCCGAGGGAGGUUUGGAAGGCGGGGGUCCCCGAGGACGACAGGACUAUGAUAGGUCCAAGAGCACCCACCCGCAACGAGCCACCCUGCCACGGCGCCAGAUGUCCCCCCAGGCCAGAUGCGGGGCCAGCAAGGAAGAAGAAGAAUACGAGGGGUUCUCCAUCAUCAGCAUGGAGCCUCUGGCAACCUACCAAGGAGAGGGGAAGGCACGCUUCUCCCCAGACCCUAAGCUGCCCUGCGUCAAGGCAGCAGGUGGAGUGAGGCUUUCGGUCAGCAACAAGGGAAGCAUCAGCACACCCAACUCCCCCGUAAAGAUGACCCUAAUCCCCAGCCCAAACUCACCCUUCCAAAAAGUGGGAAAACUGGCAAGCUCAGACACAGGGGAGUCGGACCAGUCCAGCACAGAGACCGACAGCACUGUGAAGUCCCAGGAGGAGAGCACCCCAAAGCUGGACCCCCAGGAGCUGGCCCAGAGGAUCCUAGAGGAGACCAAAAGCCACCUCCUGGCAGUAGAGCGCCUUCAGAGGAGUGGUGGCCCAGCUGGCCCUGACCGAGAAGAUGGCGUGGUAGCACCCAGCAGCACCACGGUCUUCAGGGCCUCAGAGACCAGCGCCUUCAGCAAGCCUAUCCUGUCUCAUCAGAGGAGCCAGCUGUCACCACUCACUAUCAAACCACAGCCCCCAGCCAGGAGCUCAUCCCUCCCCAAGGUGAGCAGCCCUGCCACAUCAGAAGUGUCAGGCAAGGAUGGCCUGAGCCCUCCUGGCAGCAGCCGCCCAUCACCUGGCCGAGACACGCCAGUCUCCUCAGCAGACCCGCCGCUCUUCAGACUCAAGUACCCCAGCUCUCCUUACAGCGCCCACAUUUCCAAGUCCCCCCGGAACACGUCCCCCGCGUGCAGUGCGCCAUCUCCUGCACUCUCCUACUCUUCAGCUGGCUCUGCUCGCUCCAGUCCGGCCGAUGCCCCCGAUGAGAAGGUGCAGGCUGUGCACAGCCUCAAGAUGCUCUGGCAAAGCACACCCCAGCCCCCCAGGGGCCCCCGGAAAAUAUGUCGAGGUGCACCGGGAACCUUGACAUCAAAAAGAGAUGUCCUCAGCCUGCUGAACUUGUCCCCUCGGCAUGGCAAGGAGGAGGGUGGGGCAGACAGGCUGGAACUGAAGGAGCUGUCUGUGCAGCAACGUGACGAGGUGCCACCCAAAGUUCCCACCAAUGGCCACUGGUGCACGGAUACAGCAACACUGACAACACCCGGCGGCCGCAGCAUGACGGCUGCCACGCGCCCUCUGAGACUUCCCUUGGCCAACGGUUACAAGUUCCUAUCCCCAGGAAGGCUCUUCCCUUCCUCCAAAUGUUAAAGCAGCUUCUUGCCCCCAACUCAGUGCACACUGCAGCCAGAGUCCCGGGGUCCCUCAUCCAGUGUGGUCACCCACCCACAUAGCCACUGAUACCAUCUCUUCCCCGGAUAGGUGGGCUCCCUGGGCAAGGUCACUGCCACACCACAUACCACAGUACUCACAGGUAGCCCCUGGGCCGGAUUCGCCAAAAGCAGUUCUUGCAUGGGAACACGGCAGUGCCUUCUCUGCCUCUCUGCCCUGCUCGAGUCCUGGUUACGCUCCUGCCCCUGGACCUGUGGGAGGAGAGAGCACAGGGUUUGCUACCAAGUCUCUAUGCAUUCCUUUCCUAUAGGAGCACAGACAGCUCUUGCUGGGCUUCCAGGUGCUGGUGGGAUAUGUAAUGUUCUAAGUUAAGUUCUGCACUGACGCAUUACAUUAGCCAAAAGGAGAACUACGGUUUUUAAAAUGCCAAUUCUUUGUGAUUAAACUGUAGCCAUUUUGGUGGAGACCGAAGUCACAGCCACAAUGCAAUAACUCAUAUUGAAAGCUUGCAUCCCCAGCUGCUCCCCAUGAGCAAGGCCAGGGGCCUUUUGACCCCACAUUGGCCAAACUUGAAUUUUCUUAAAAAAUAAAUAAAUAAAAAUAAAAAUUCUGUACUUUUGUCCAGGCAUUUUAGAACUAUGCAAUUGUGGUUUAAAACACAAUCAUUGUGCUUUUAAAACAUAACUGACCUUUUUUGUACAUGGAUAAACACCUGGUUUUAUUAUCAACAGUACUUUGCAUUUAUAGCUAUUAUUUUUAAAAGCUUGAGAAAUUUUAAAUGUCAAAUUUUGAAUAUUCAUCCAUAAACAGUAAUCAAGUUUUCCCAGGGUGGGGUAUGGUUGAAAGUAUUCAAUUUCCUUAUUUAAAAAAAUAAAAAAUGAGAAAGAGGAAAAAGAAAAAAAGAAAAAAAAAACGGAAAACAAAAAAACAAAAAUCCAGUCCAGUCCCCUGGCUAGCUAGACCAGACCCCUGCCAUGUCAUCAGCUGCCUUGCUGAGUCGCUCUUCUCCCUGCAGACCUCUCCUCUCUUGGGUCACGAGGCCCCACAGCCUGGCUGGUCUCCUGUGACUGCUGGCUGCCACUCACAGGUCAGUCCCUUACAGACGCUGCAACAGCUUGAGCUGCACCCCCACCAGGUCGGGAAUACUCUUCUGAGCACUGAGAUUAAGGCCCCCCUCCCUCUUAACUGUGAGAGCAGUCAUCUGAAGAGGCCCAUCACCACAGGGCUCUAGGGGCCAGGCUGGCAUCAUGACCCCCAGGGCACUUCUGACCUCGAGUAGGCUCCGACUUGGAUUUGUUUCUGGUUGUAGAGUCUCUAGCCCAAGCUAGUCUUUCAAAUUUGCAGGAAUCUUCCUGCCUCAGCCUGCACCAACACACCACGCUAGGACCUCACUCUGUAGCCACUCCUUCGCCUCUGUGUGCUGUUUUGCAAACUGACUCCAUGUUGCUCCAGUGAGUUUUGUCGUAGAGGAUUCUGCAUUUGACCCAGCCACCUCGGUGACAACCAGAAUAAGGCGGCCCGUCACAUUCUAAGCUGGCCCCGGCCCUAGGAGAGGAAUACUUCACGAAGCAGCAGGGAGCUAACUCACCAUGUAGCAGACAAAACCAAACCCAGCACUGUGCAUACCAUUUGCAAAGAAGUCAGGUCCUCGGCAACCGAGAAUCAACCUCAGCACAAACUCGGGUGGCUGGGCUCUGCCCUCCUCAGCCACCACCUCAGCCCCUCCCUCCCCCAAGUGCCCAGGAGCCUGAUUCUCUGGGCUUUGUCCAGGGUGCAGCCCGCCAUCAGCAAAUACAUACCUCCAGCCCUCAGACCAUGUGUGGUUGUCAAGCCAUGGAGGAGGACUCCCAGGCUGCCCUGGUGUAUGCCCAGGUACGCUGCCAUUUUGUUCUGAUUGACACUGAAGAGCUAAUAAGUACCUGAGGUGCUUUUUAUUUGUCUUAGAUGCUAAGUUUCAAUGAAGGAAAACAGAAUUGGCAAAAUAACGGGAUAGGUAUGCAGACCCAAGUUGCCGUUUAUGCCAGUCUUGGCAACUCCAUGCAUGUGAAGUAAAGUCAAUCGAAGUCCUCAGCUAGGUCACAAAGAGGACACUUCCAAUCAUGAGACUGUAUGAUCCGAGUUCUGUACGGGUCAGGGUUGGCGACCGUGACCCACAAGCUAAGGCUGGUGAAUGAGUUUGAAGUUCUGUUUGUUUGUUUUGGCCGUUAAGCCGGUGAUGGAUUUUACCUUUUAAAAUGGUUAAUGAGUACAGCAGAAGUCCUGAUUUUUGCCUCUUGGUUCACAAAGCCUGAAGUCACCUGCUACCCGGCCUUUUAAAUAAAGGUUGGCAACUCCUGGUACACACAACAGAAAAAUGCCAGGAAGAAUUCAAGGAAGCAGGGGAGACUGACUGGCCCACUGGGCCAAAGCCCCGAGGGCUCACACUUGGUGCAGACGGCUUCUACCUAGCUCCUGGCUCUUCAUCCCGGGUGGGAGAAGCCAACAGAUAUGAGUCAAAGUUACGAGAAUGGUCUCUGCUUCCCCUUUGCUGGUAGUAUUGAGACAUCCCCUUGAACUCAGGAAAUAAAAAUUUUUAAUAAAUUUUUUCUUUAAUGUUCUACCCCGCUCUACCAGACAAAGACAUGCUCCAGGCAAGCAGCAGCUUCCUCUGGGAGCUUAGUAGGACCCGAAAGCAAGGCUGUAGGCUGCCCCCCAGUUUUCACCAGCAAUGACUCCUAACACACCCAAGAAAAUCAUCUACCAAAACGUACACAUUGUUUCUGCACCAGUGUGCAGGGCUCACCUUCCUCCCUUUAAAAAAAAAAAAUCAGUCCACACUGAUCAGUGGUGAGGUGCUGCCCACAGAGUCCAGCCGCCCCGGCACGCGGGCAUGGCACUCAUGCACACAGCGGCUUCAGUGAUCCUUAGCACCUUGUAGUCGGGCUAAUGGCGACAGUGCGGUUCCCCUCACACGCUGUUACCGGAAUUGACUGUACUCGUGGCUUGUGAACCGGGCCUGUUUGUAGAGGAUCCUUCAGAGACAUCCACGCCAGCACUCACCCACCCCCGUCCUGGGCACCUCCCUACUUGGCAUUCACUCUCCUUAUACGCAUUGUUAGCCACCUUUGGCCUACAUGGACUCUUUUUUUGUAAAUUACACAAUUUCCAGACAGCAUUAAACUUUUUAUAUUAUGAAAUUUGCCAUGUAAAAAGAACUUCAUAUUUUUAUUGAGGCUGCGGGCGCUUGGCCCUUCCUUUGUGAUUCAGUGUCUAUUAAAGCAUGAGCCUGUCGGUUUUAAA